AAGCUGAAUAUUAUAUUUUUCUAUUAAAAAUAAAUGCACUAAAAAUGUGUGCAACGCUGAGCGACUUUGGCCAGGCCAAAAUGGACCUGCUGAGUAUAUACGAAGAUAUGGCAACACAUGUGCAGCAAGUGCUGGAGGAGGUGCAAGCAAUGCCCAGCAAUUGGAAGCAGAAUCUGCUCAAUGAACGAUGUAUUCGGGAACAACUUUCGAGCUGCAUACACCGAAUCAAAGCCAUUUGCCCCAUGUUGCAGCGAAAGCGCAUGAAAGUUGCAUUCUUUGGACGCACCUCGAAUGGCAAGAGCGCCGUUAUCAAUGCCAUGUUGCACAAGCGAAUCUUACCAAGUGCCAUGGGACACACGACAAGCUGCUUCUGCCAGGUGGCAGCCAGCAAGAGAGACGAGCCAGCUCAUGUGCUGAUUGAGAAUGGAGACGGAGACAAGUUGAGCAUCGAUUGCCUGCGGGAUUUGGCCAGUGCACACUCAACUGGAGCACUGACUGCUCACAGUUUGCUCCAUGUGCGCUUUCCCAGCAGCAGCGGUGACUUACUCGCUAACGAUGUGGUGCUGCUGGAUACGCCUGGUGUGGAUGUCACUGCUCAGUUGGAUGAGUGCAUCGAUAGACACUGCCUGAAUGCAGAUGUCUUUGUGCUUGUCCUGAAUGCCGAGUCGACCAUGUCGCGGGUGGAGCGACAAUUCUUUGAGCUGGUCGCUCGGCAGUUGUCACGACCCAAUCUCUUCAUAUUGAACAAUCGCUGGGAUGUGGCUGCCACAUUGGAGCCACAGCUGGCGGAGUUGGUGCGUGGACAGCACACACAGCGCUGCCUACAGCUGCUGAUCGAUGAAUUGGGCAUUUAUGACAACCUGGACUUGGCCAUGCGACGCAUCUUUCAUGUGUCCGCUAUGGAAACGUUGCGCCACAGAGAAAAGCAGGCGACGCAUAUUCAUGCCCCAGGUGCGCAGCAGCGUUACGAGGAGUUCCUUAGCUUUGAGCGUGAGUUUGCCGCAUGCAUUACGCAAAGCGCAUUGAAAACCAAAUUCGAGCAGCAUUGCGUGGGUGCCACAGAGAUGUUGCACAAGUUGCACGAACUGCUGCAGCAGCUGGCCACAUGUUUGGCCCAGUUCGGCGAGCAACAAAGCGCCGCUAAAGUUGAGCUGAGCAAAAAAUACGAUGGCUGGCAAGUGGAAAGCGUGCAACAAAAGCAGCAAAUUCAACUGCAAGUGGCACGGCUCAGCGUGGAGACUUCCAAGCUUGCCGCACAGUUGUUGCACGACCAAAUCUUGCGUCUGCCAGCUGCUGUGCACCACUUCCAGCUGCCCCUUCACCCACACCAGCCACAAUAUCAACGCUUGCUUGGCAUUCAUUUAAAACGUGAGCUCUUCGAGCCGCUGGAGUCGCAACUGCAGCAACAGUUGCUGCAACUUGUGCAGCCCGCAACUGAUGAGGUGCCACAGCAACUUUAUUGCUCCCUCGAUUGUCAAACAUUAAUGUGUGAUUUUCAUGCCGAUUUACAAUUUCGUUUCUCCUGGGGCAUGGCGGCCAUUUUGAAGCGCCUACAGGACAAGCUGCCGCUGCCAAUGCUGCCGGCGCCAAAGUCGUUAAAUGGCUUGAAGCAGGAGCAACUGAAGUCUAAAGCUGCCACAGAUUACUGGCUCUUGCAUACGGAUGGCUCGUUGGGCGCCAUGUUGCUGCUCAGUGGAAUCCUGGCACGUACGCUCGGCUGGCGUUUGCUGCUCGGACUGAGUCUGGUGACUGGCUCCUUUUAUGCCUACGAGCUGAUCAGUUGGACGCCACAGGCGCAGGAGCGCAGUUACAAGGCACAAUAUACGCGCCACAUGCAGCGUCGCCUGCGCGAAAGUGUGCAACAAACGGCAACUGGUUUUAGCCAACAGGUGCAACAACACCUGACGCACUCAAUGCAACAGCUCAGCGUGCAAAUGGAUGAGAAUCGCCAGGAAUUAAACGACGAGUUGACUGGACUCGAAAACCAAUUGAAAUCGCUUCAAAACUGGCAAAUUAAAUUAAGGCAACUGCAAACGGAGGGCGACGCAUUAACGCAACGUUUGCGGCUCUUUAAGCAGCGUUACCUGGCAGAAAACUAAUCGAGUUCUACAUAAAAGAAGGAAUUUGGCUGCACUGCAAUUAUAUUCACAAAUGUCUUGCAAUUCUACAUAGAACAAAUGACAUGGGAGUUGUUUUAUGCAUUUUUUAUUAUUUCUAUAUAUUUUAUGCGUUUAUUUAAAAUAUAAAUUUGCAUGCGAACUU